GGAGGAGGUGGUGCUUGUAGGGCUCCGCUGGUGGGGGUGGCGGCCGCUGCGACUUUGGAGGCUAGUGCGGCGCUAGGAUGAACGCCCCUCCCGCCUUCGAGUCGUUCUUGCUCUUCGAGGGCGAGAAAAAGAUUACCAUUAACAAGGACACCAAGGUACCCAAUGCCUGUUUGUUCACCAUCAACAAAGAAGACCACACGCUAGGAAACAUCAUUAAAUCACAGCUGCUGAAGGACCCGCAGGUGCUGUUUGCUGGCUACAAAGUCCCCCACCCCUUGGAGCACAAGAUCAUCAUCCGAGUGCAGACCACCCCGGACUACAGCCCGCAGGAGGCCUUCACCAAUGCCAUCACGGACCUCAUCAGUGAGCUCUCCCUGCUGGAGGAGCGCUUCCGGGUGGCCAUUAAAGAUAAGCAAGAAGGCAUCGAAUAGGAGGCUGGAAGGGUCUUGCUUGGCUAGUUCCUACCCUGCACUGGAACCUUCUAGGAGAGCAGCUUCCCCAGCUUCGGGGACAUCCUGGUGAGCCCCUUCCCGCCGGAGCUGCUGUGUCCUGGACAGAGCCUGUUUCACCUUCCUGAUAAAGUGCGGCAGGAAAAAG